AUGGCCGACGAAAAGACAUAUGAUCUGAACGAGUACAACGGAGGUUCUUUAAUCGCAACAUGUAUAUCGCUGUUAGUUACGAGCUGGAUUGCUGUUGGACUGCGAUCGUAUACGAGAGUGGUGUUGAUGAAGAGUUAUCAAGCCGACGACUGGCUCAUGCUGGUGGCACAGCUCAUAUUCACUGUGACGUGCGCAUUUACUCUUGAAGGUGUACGACGUGGGCUGGGAAGACACAAUGCGGCGGUUCCUGAUGCGGAUGACCGCGUGGCGGCUCUCAUGUGGCAAGCACUUACUAUUGCCAUUUACAUUGUCGACAUGAUGUUUGUCAAGCUCAGCAUCGGCGUCUUUUUGCUGCGCCUGGCCACGCAAAAGGUGUAUAUUUGGAUCAUUCGAGUAGCCCUGGUUAUUGUCACAUUGUGGAGUAUCGGCAUCUUCAUUUGGAAUCUGUUCCAAUGUACGCCUGUCGAAAAGCAAUGGGACUUUAGAAUUACAACAGGUCACUGCGCAGGGCCCAACGAGAUCAUCGCGGCGGCAUAUGCCCUCAGUGUCAUGACAGUCUUGUCUGAUUGGUUCUUUGCACUCAUUCCCAUUCCCAUGCUCUGGGGUGUCAAGAUGACCAAGCAGGCCAAGGCCACCGUCAUUGUCAUUCUCGGCCUUGGUGUCUUUGCCAGUAUUGCCACUCUCAUCCGUCUCAAGUUCUUGUCCGGCCUUGAACUAUCCGACGACCUAAUGUUCUCCGUCACCGACGCAACAAUAUGGAGUAUAGUAGAACCAGGCGUCGCCAUCAUCGCCUCCAGCUUGGCAACAAUCCGUCCUCUCCUCCGUUCCCUCAAAAUUCGAGGCUUCCAGUCCACCGACAAAACUCCCAGCAAUGGCAUCUCUGGCGCAUCUCGGUACGCAAACGGCAGCCGAAAUGUUCAAGGGUCUAUGCCAGGUUAUGGUCCCAACGACGUCUCCCUCCACAGCGUGGCGCAAAAGAACGAAGGUCGACCAAAACACAUUGGCAUCACUAUCGACGAAUAUCACAGCCAAAUGCACGAACAAGCUCACGCCCAGAACACAGGCAGCGCACCCAGCGACACCAAGAGCGAGGUCUUUGUCAUUGAGGGGAGCAAAAACUCGCCCACGUGGAGCACUCAGGAUCUACGACCGCAAAACCGUUCCAUGGAUGAACUUCCUGAUUUGGAGUCCCAUGGACGGGAGUAUCAGUCAAGAAAGGGAUGGGGCGUCCAGUAA